AUGGUAGAUGUACCUCACCUGAACGCCAUCGUCAAACGCGACAUGAGAGAACGAAUGGAGCCUUGGCAGAUUGCGGCACUGUCACCAUCUCAUCAGAAGCGUCUCGUUUGGGAUUCAGCACCGCUGUCGAUGAACUACAUUGUACAAGUGAUACAUGUGCAUGAUAACGCAUCACCAGAUGCACUCCAAUCGGACAACAUCAUGGAUGCGAUUGAAGUGUUUGCAAAACGUCUGCGAAACGUGACGAAAAUACAGCUCAGUUCAGAACAUUUGUGGGACUUCGAGAUUUCGAAUUUCCUAGAAACGGAUGUUCAGGGCAGAUCAACUCUUUCACAACAGGGAAUGGAACGCCUGCUGAAGGAGGUCGAUUCUCAACUGCAAUCGGUAGAAUCAUCGGUACCUGUUUUGAAAAUAAUAAUUGUCGAGGUGGACGUCCCUGUGGUGAUGCUGGACGCUUUUGGCGAAGAUACUCGUGGAGCUGCGGUGGCGUCGUGGGGAGCAGUUAUACCACGAAUUGGCGUUGGUGAGACCCAGGAAGCAGCAUAUCCUGCUGCUCGUGUGCUUGGCGCUCUGCGAGUACUACUUGGAGUGGACAGUGAUCUGCCAACCACCUGGAAACGAGCCUCAGUACCAUUAGCUGUUUGGGAAGCAGACAGGAUGCGACUCAGGGCAGUUAUAGACAAUGCGAUGCGUGCUAUGUCAGCUGUAAGUGCGCUCAAGGCAUUGACAGUGAAGAUCACGAAUGUUGUGAUUGGCGAUGAUGUAGCGGCUCGGGCAAACCAAGCUGUUCGUCUUGUUAGAGAAGGCUUGACAAAUUCAAAAGCACCUCAACUUGAUAAGAUAUCUGCUGGUCGCGUGAUGGCGGACGAAGCGCUUUCACAUCCUUCACUUCUGGCAAUGUUAUACUUCCCAAAGGAUCAAACAAUGGCCGUAUACCUCCCGAUCAUGUUACCAACUCUCGUUCCGUUGUUCGGAUCAAUUGUAACGCUCUUUAAAUGGGCUCUAGGAUGGUCGUAA